CCAUCACCCGAAACAAAGAGUAAACUGUCAACUUUAUAUUCUUUUCAACAACGUACUGAAUCUUCAUCAAAUAUAGAAAGACAUAAACGAGUACAUUCUGAAGGUUCAAACAUUCCGGUUAUUCAGACACAUGUAGAGUUGAAGGUUAUUUUUAGUUUAUUUUUAAUAAAUGUUUAUUAAAACGAGAAAAUUUGAAAAAUACCCAACUUCGGAACGAGUUUCUUUUAUUGAGCAAAUUGUUGAAACAGACGAGGACAUUGAAGCUAUUAAAAAAUUGGAAAGAUCCGGAAAGUCAAAAGUAGAUGAUAAAAUAAAAGAUGAGAUUAAAGUAAGAGUUAAAUCAAUUAAAAGGAAAUGGCUAGAUGAAAUAAAUAAAUUAAAAUCCUUUGAAGAGAAGGAAAAUAAAAUAAAAGAAUGGAAGAAAAUUAUUGAAGAUUGGGAGAAAAAAGCAAGGGAAAUUUUUGAUGAGAAAAUUGAGGUAAAAAAGGAUGAAGAAGGGCAUAAAAGGUUGAUUGAACAACAAGUUCACCCAUUCAGAUUCCUUCAGGAAGUAAAUUUUGGAGUAAGUGUUAAACCGUCAAAUAAACGUUUCAACGAGAUUAACGGAGCGGAAUAUGAGGAAAUAAUUGAAUUCCUCAAAAAUCCAAAAAAAUUUCUUGUUUGGCCUCCAAAGAAGAAUCAGAAAAAUGAAAACGAUUCAAGAGGAAGUUAUGAAAAGAAAUCUGAGGAAGAGAUAAUUGAACAGUCAGAACAACAAAUCAAAGAUACUGAAAAGGAGGAAAAAGAUGAUCCAUGGAGAAAUCAUAUAAAUAGAUGGGAGAAUAAAUUAAGUGAAAAAAUAAUGAAAUUUAUGUUUUGGGAAAUGAAAAAAAUUGAAAAGAGAUUGAAAAAAGAAGGUAAACUUGUGGAAGAAGAAGAAGGAGAGGAAGAACAAAAAGAAGAAACUCAAAUGGAAGUAUCAGAAAUUGAACUUGUCCCAAUUAGCGGUCAAAGUAGGGAUAAAGGCAAAAAAAUUGAAGAAGAAAAAUCGUCGUCUGAAAAAGGGCCGAUAGAAACAGUCCCUAAUGAUGAAUAUAUAAAUAAAGUAAUUAAUGAAGAAUUUGAGUGGUUAAAACUUGGAUUUCGAAGAGGAGUUUUGGAAAAGUUUAUGAAAAAGGAAAAAAUAAAAAAAUUUAGAAAAUUUAAUAUUAAAGUGUUUGUUGAAUUUAGAGAUGAUUUGUUAAAAAUUGAUAAAGAAAUUGAAAAUUGUCAACAAGUAAAGGAUCCAAUACUAGCUGUGUUUAGAUAUGAGGGAAAAGAUGAUUUGAUACAUCAAGAAUUCCGUGGAAGAAUGGGUGCUCAAAUAAUUGCUUCAGUGUAUAACGCCAAACAAUUAACAAAAGAUAUAUUAAGGGCUAUGCUUUUAAGUAUGGUUGGCGCUGGAAUAAUUGCUGCAGCUCUGGAUCUUGGCGUUUGGUUUUUAGUAAUUAAAAUAGUUUUACAUACAAAAUGUCAUAUGUGUGCACAAAUUGUUGGUGCUUUACUUUACUCUUUAACACCCCUUUUUGCUGAAACUUUCGAUUCUCUUGUAAUUAAAAGAUUAUUAGUAACAUUUGAUGGAGGAGAAUUUUGGCCUGAUACUUUGGAUAAAUUUAAUGAUAAUUUAAAAGAUGCUUUUGUUGCUGGAAGAAUUGCAGCUGCUGGUUCCAUAUUUAAUAAUAUAUUAGGAAUGGAAAAGAUUACAGAAAGAUUGGGAGUAAGAUUAUUGUUUCCAAGUGUUCCUUCUAAUCAGAUAGCAACAUCCACCUCUGGUGCAAUGGUACCUCUAGAAUUUCAUGAAUGGCGUGAUCAUCAACGUGCUGCCCUCUAUAAAUUAUAUGAUCAAGGAUUUCUUCCAAAACCCGAUAUAAACAAAAUUGUUGUUGAAUGGAGAGAAAAGAAAAGGAAUAGAAUUUGGCAUAAAGUGACAUUUAAACAUUUCAUUGAAAAAACAUCUCCAAUAAUUACAUCGGAAGAAAAAGAUUUAGCCUUUCGUGAGCAUAUAAAAUCAAAAAUUGAGGCAUCUAUGGAUAUUCAAAAAACAUCUGCUAUGGCACUUAAUUCAAUGGGAAUUGGCUCUUUAUUGAGCCAAAUUGUUUUAUUAGUCUUAUUUUUCCCUGUUCGCAAAGGAAUGAUAUCAGAACCUGUUGAAAAGAUUUUUUUAAUUAUUGUGAAUACUCCAACUGAAAUUCUUUCUUUUGGUGCUGGAAUUAUUGCCUCUAAAUGGGGCGCAGAAAAAGUUGAAAAAUGUUGGAGUAAUGAUGAUAUGAAAAAUAAACAGAUGGUUCGUCUUAUAAUUGACCGAACAAUAAAACAAAUAGACCAUCCAGAUAAAGAAUUUCAAGAAAUUAAAGAAAACGAGAUAUAUAAAAUAUAUCAUCCAAAAUUACAACUUUUGUUCAGAUACGGCAAAUGGAUUACAAAAUUUAUGAUUGUCACCUUUAAAUUUAUGACAAAACCGUCAUUAUUUAAACAAAUAAAUUUGAGUAAAAUGACACUUCCUUUAUUUAAAGAGGAAGAAAUAAAUGAGGAUUUAAAUUUUAAAAUUUCUUAUUUGCCCGAACCUUUAGAUAAAAUGACAAAAAUGCCGGGAAUUGAUGAAGAAAAAUUAAAUGAAUUUAUUGAAGAUAUUGGAGAAUAUUUUGAGAAUCACAAAUUAACAUUAACUGAAAGUCAUCAUUAUAUGACAAUUUUAAAUAAUUGGGAAGACAAUAAAAAUGGGGAAAACUCUAAAAAUAGGGGAAAAUUAAAAGAAUUGAUAGAAAUAAAUGAAGGAGAGGAAUUUUUUGAUUAUUUAAAAAGGAUAAUAUUAGUCGAAAAAUAUGAAAAAAUAAAUUUUGAAGUAAAUAAUACAUUUGAAAAAGUUUGUAAAAUAUUUAUUAAUAAAUAUUUAAUUUAUUUUUAA